GAGAACAUGAAAAUGUACUUUGAAAAUUGCUAUAUUUCAACUAAUUGUAAUCAAACGCCCACUGUAGCUGACUCGAAUUUAAAUGAUAUAAUUGCCUUUGGUUCUUCAAACGCUGUUCUUAUUUACGAUCCACAUUUUGGAAGCGGAGGAAAAAUAACACACACACUGUUAGGCCACAAGAAGCGUGUAAAUUCUGUACGCUGGAUAAAAGGAAACUGUAUCAAAAAUGAAAUUGUUUCGGGAGCUUCUGAUGGCACAGUUGUUGUAUGGACACAGAAAUCUGAUAAAUUUGAAUCAACUAUUUUACUAGGAAAUAGUCUCGGUGUCAACAUUGUAGAUGGGGUCUAUAAAAAUGGAAUGACAAUUAUUUGUAGCUGUUCUAUGGAUAAAAAUACAGUUAAAGUUUGGCUCAGGAUUCACGACAAAUUUAACCUCAUUCAAGAACUCAGUUUUGGUGAUUACAGCUUGUGUGUGGGUUUAAGGCUGUUCACUAUACCAGUUACCAAUGAAUUGUUAAUGGCUUGUGCAACUGAUAAUUCAAAAAUACACAUCUUUAUCCAGGACGAUUUAAAAGUGUUUGAACAAACUUCUGUACUUACUGGGCAUGAUGAUUGGGUUAGAGGUCUUGAUUUUGCUGUUGACAGGCAUGGAGAUAUUUUACUGGCCUCUGGAUCACAAGAUUCAUUUAUUAGGCUGUGGAGAAUCACAUACAGGGGAGUGAAUGGUAAUGAAGAUGCUAAGAAGGAUCAGAGCAAGGUGCAAAUUAAAUCAGCUGCGCGAGCAUAUAACAUUUUGUUAGAAUCGGUUUUGGCUGGGCAUGAAGGCUGGGUGUAUUCUGUAAAUUGGAGUCCAAACAGCUUACAGCUUUUGUCAGCAUCUAUUGAUAAGACAAUGAUUAUAUGGGAAUUUGAUGAUCUGUUAGGACUUUGGACUGAAAAAGUUAGGGUAGGUGAAGUAGGUGGAAACACCUUGGGUUUCUAUGGAGGUUUCUUUGGUGCAGCGGGUGACAGCAUUGUGGCCCAUAGUUAUCACGGAGCCUUCCACAUCUGGAGCAAAGUUCAAAAUGAAGAGUGGAAGCCCUCUGUUACAAUUGGAGGGCACUUCAAUGAAGUAAGUGAUUUGCAAUGGGAACCGAAUGGUGGAUUUAUUUUUUCCAUCAGCGCUGAUCAAACAACCAGGAUUCAUGUUCCGUGGUCGAGGGAAGGAAAACAAGGUACCUGGCAUGAGUUAGCUAGGCCUCAGGUACAUGGUUACAAUAUGAGUUCGCUGGCUGUGUUUUCUGGUUACAAAUUCGCGUCAGGCGCUGAAGAAAAAGUUAUCAGGGUAUUCAAUGCUCCAGCAACAUUUAUAGAGAAUUUGGGCAGAUUAUGUGCUAUGAAUGAAGGGACUUCCAACAAUGGAAGUUAUGCUUCAAAUUGGGUUCCGAAAGGCGCUUCAGUGCCUUCGCUCGGUUUGUCAAAUAAAGCGGUAUACAAUGAGGAUAAUCUUAAUGAUGCAACUCCAGUUGAUAAAAAGAAUCCUUAUCCAGAGGAGUCUCAUUUCAAGGCUCAGCUUUUAACUGAGCCACCUACAGAGGAGACUUUACUGCAGAAUACUUUGUGGCCCGAGACCCAAAAGUUGUAUGGCCAUGGUUAUGAAAUAUUUGCUCUGGCUGCCUCUCCGGACGGUAAAUAUUUGGCGUCGGCGUGCAGAGCCACACAAACCCAACACGCUGCCAUAUUUAUAUGGGAUACUACCAAGUGGCAGCAGACCCAAAAACUGAUGUCGCAUCACCUCACAGUAGUUCAGAUGAAGUUUUCCCCAGAUUCCAAACGUCUUCUUUCUGUAUCACGCGAUCGUCGCUGGACGAUAUUUUUCAGAAACGACGAGAACGCGUUUGAAUUGAUUAGCACUACCGAUAAGAAUAAUUCAAUUCACACAAGGAUUAUCUGGACGUGUGCGUGGACCCAUGACUCCCAAUAUUUUGCCACUGGUUCGAGGGAUGGGAAAUUGGUUGUAUGGCACGAAAAUUUAACAAUGGAGCCGUCGCUGCCGUUAGGCAGGUAUGAGGUCGCAUGUGAACCCUUGCAGUUUGUUCGCGAAUCAGUCACUGCCGUCGCGUUCGGACCUAACUUCGUGCAUGCCGCUUACCUGGUAGCAGUUGGGUUCGACAGUGGCGAAGUACAAGUGCUUAAUUGGCGAAAUUUCCAAUUUACCCUCGUCUUACGAUUAUCUACUAGUGACGCCCACCAUUUGACAGUUCGAAAAUUAGAAUUUCGGCCUAGAUUUGGAAGAGCUGGUUACAAAAACAAUAACGAAGAUAACAUUCUUCAGCUGGCUAGUUGCAGUUCAGAUACUUCUACAUAUUAUUAUCAUCUACCACAAAACAAGAACAUUGUAUUUCUUUGUUUAUAUUUCUAAAAAAUGUUAUUAAUACAGAAAUAAUUGUUGGUCCUUAUACAUGAAAUUGC